AUGAAUGAUGAAGUCAACAUUUCAUUCCAAGAUAAAGUAAAAAUUUCUUCUGGUUUUGUGCUUUGCAGUCCACCAGGAGAGGUCAAUGAUGUUUUUAAUGAUGUUCGUACAUUGCUUAAUGAUGAUGAAGCCCUUCAAGAUGGUGUUUUACAAGCUAUUGAACAAUACAAUAUUGAACAAUACAUUACAGUUACUCCCCCUGACUCGGAUUACAAAGUUAUUAUAUCUCAGUAUGGUAAAUUGGAAGAAGAUAGAUUCCUUGAUCCUCGUUCAAAACAAUCCUUCAAGUUUGAUCAUAUGCGUUUGGUUGCAUAUGAUGUGGAAGAAUAUACAGGUCAAACAGAAUUAGAAUCUCUUCGAGCUGCUGUUGAAAAAGAAUGUUUAGCUUAUGUAGGAGAUCAUUAUCCAAAUGGUGUAUGCACUAUUUAUGCUAAUAACAAUAAAGAUAUCAUUAUCGCCGUUGUUGAUAAUAAAUACAAUCCAAAUAACUUUUGGAACGGUCGAUGGCUUGCUACUUGGAUCUAUGAUACCCAAUCAAACAACUUAAAAGGUUGUACCAAGAUCAAUGUACAUUAUUAUGAAGAUGGUAAUGUGCAACUGAAUACAGAAAAGAACGUAGAUAGUCAAAUACCUUCAAAUGAAGUAAGAUUUCUCAAUUAUAGAAUUUUUGCGUGUGUUUCCUUAAUAUAUUAA